GAACGGCAUAUUAUUCUGGCGUUCAAUUCAAUAAAUAAUUUGAUCGUAUUGGACGUUAACGUACUUUCGAGUCAUAAAGCAAAUUACGGCGGAUUCGCAAUUUGCCUUUGUGUUCUUCUAGCAGUACUAGGAGAAGGACGCAUGAUAGGCGAUGAUGGCAGACUUGAUAUUAGCGCUAGGACGCAGUAUUGGACUGUCCAAAAUCGAAAGAAACCAUAUCGCUGUUAAUACUACCAACCAUUUUAGCGUUUCACGUUUAUAACAGCCAGCUGGAGAACAAUCUGUGCGUGAAUGAUCUGAGUUGUUCACUAGUGGAUUAUUCUCACGGAGGGCCGAUUUGUAGUUUUGAGCUAGGCUAAUAAUACGAGGUACGAAAGAGGCCUUAAGACUACUUUGAUCAAGUGGACGGUUUAUCUCUACGUUCUAAAAUUCUUACUGGUUUCCGAAAGCCCUGCUGUUUGGUAAAGUUAGUAUCUCCCUGUGAAGAAAUCGGUGACCACCAGGUCAUUGGGUGAGGUGACGGCAGAGCACAGUUCGCGCACAAGAAAUCCUAUCGACGCCGUUGAAUUUCGGAUUACUCUUCGGAAGGUGUUGACUUGUACUGGGAUAUUUACUUCGUUCUUCGUGUGACGCCAUUUUCGUGCAUGUGUGCGCAUCUCUUUGUCAGGGAACUUGAAACAGCGACCCUUGACUUCUGUUCCCAUUCGAUCAGCUAUAUAGUUCGAGCCAUACAUAUCGAGCGCUUAGAAAUUAAAUCGACAUGUAUUCUGGAGGCAUAUGACAUUAAAUCGAUAGUACACAGGAACUACUUGGCUGAGAUUCGAUUCUUUGGCUGUCUUCACGUGUCGUUUCACUUGCUAUUACCGCUGUUGAUGCCAAUAACAACAAUCAAGACUGCAAUUAUGUAAAAGGUAACGCGUGUGAAAAAAGGGCGAUAAGGGACAAUGCGUUGCGUCAAGGUGCUACACAGUAUUUUACACCUGCGGUAAUGCUAUGCGGGGUAGUGCCCGUUGAGUCAAUAGCUUGACUGGGAAAUCCCACGCGCUUUCUGGUCAGUGGGAGAAAGAAAACCGACACGGUCCAAGGUCGACUCGUCGAUAUAAACAAGUUUUGUCGGGCCAGAACCCCUAGUGCAAAGUAAGACUUUGUUUAAUUAGACAAAAAAAUCAGAUAGUUACCGUCGGCGACGACAGAGGCGUCAUGCAAGUGUUAAAAUCAGGCGCUUUUAUGCUCCUCCUGGCCAUGGGAACCAAUCAGUACGUCGAGGCUACCGGCAAGAUCAUUAAGAAAAAGCUAGCUACGGGCGGAUUAGUCGCCGGUGCAGCUGGUGCGACGGGGUUCGCUGGAGGUUUCCUUACCGGAGCCGCGGUAGCUUCUCAUCUUCAUAAAACACAUGGUGGCUUUGGAGGCUAUAGCGGCCGUGGAGAAGAUCUCCAGAAAGACUACGGCCAAGUUCACAUCCACAGUCAUCACCAUCACCAUGAUCAUUUGCCCGUCCCCUUCAAACCCAUCCAUGAGGGAAUUGGACUGGCUGGUCAUGGAUAUGAAGGACUUAAGCAUGACGUCGGUUACCAAGGAGGGUAUGAUGGAAGCUUCGGAGGUGGUUAUGGCAGUGGUUACGCGAGUGGCUAUAAUAAGGGACUGGGCCUGAUUGGGGGUCAUGGUUACGGCGGAAACUUAGGUUAUGGCGGAGGUUACGGAAAAGAUCUCGAAGGAAGUGGAUUUGAUGUUAUCGGAGUAAAGUCAGCCCUUGGUGGCGGGACCAACGGCGGAUAUCGAGGAGCGCCAGCUGGUGCUUUUAACUAAAUAAUAGUUUCGAUUACAAAUUUUAGAAAUGACUUUUGUAUUAUUCAUCGUCAGAACAGAUACUAAAGAGGAUGAAAAGUUAGUGAGCUCAUCGCUAACUGUGAAUAUUUAUCUUACAACUACUGUAUAUAGAUAGUUAGAAAAGAUUCGUCGAUAGUAGGAAUGAGAACUUGAUAAUAAAUAAA